UACUAUUACAAUAUCAGUACUACUGUACUUUAAACCAAGUACUGUUGCUACAUUAUUAAUGAUUAGAUAAUUCAUCUUUAAUGUAGAUGAUCCGGAUCCCCUACCGUGCAACACGAGGCUUCCACGUUCCACCGAAUCCUGCCCCGAGCCCUAAUUCUCUCAUCGAAUUUGUCCGAUCCGUUUUGUGAUCUCUCGAUUCCCACCAAUGGCCGACAAGGAGAAGCCGGAGGCGGAGGAGGAGUACGAGAGCGACCUCGACGACGCGCCCCUCCCGGCGGUGCGGCGCCGCGCCGCGGCGAGCGACGACGAGGGGGAGGAUGAGGACGGAGGGACGCCCUCGCGGCCGAGGAAGGCCGGAUCCGACGCGGAUUCCGACGGGCAGGGCGCAGCCGAGGCGUACGACGAGGGCGCCUACGAGGAUGGUGAGGAGGGGUACGAGGAACACGAGGAGGCGUACGAGGAGUUUGAGGAAGGAGGCGGCGGGGAGCGCGGGGUGGCCGCCGAGGCGGUGGUUGAGGCGGGAGAUGGGGAGGGCAAGGCGGGGGAUGGAGAUGCCGAGGAGGCUGAUGAUGCAGCGGCAGGGGAGGAGAAGAAAGGGAACGAGCCCUACGCCGUGCCGACGACCGGCGCCUUCUACAUGCACGACGACCGUUUCCAGGAGGCCCGUGGCCGUGGGUGCCAAAGGAGAAUGGUGAACACUAGAAAGUUGUGGAAUCCUAAAGAGGAGCAAGCCUGGGUCCACGACAGAUUUGAUGAGAUGAAUUUGCACAAUUUUCAUGGUGACAAUACAAAAAGAAAGCAGGGAGGUCGUUUAAGAGGACGUGGUGGUGGGCCCGGUGGUAGAACUCGUGGUGUUAGCCGUGGUAAUUUCAGGGGCAACAGAUCUCGAGCAUACUAUCAUGAGGGUAACAAGAACUACAGUUACGUUCUAAAGGAAUCUCAUGGUUACCAUGAUAAUUCCAAGAAUGCUUGGCAUGCUUCUUACGAUAACGGGAAGAACAGAGUUCCAAAACUGUCUCGUGCUCACUAUGAUGAUGUGAGUAACUAUGACAUUGUUCCAAAAGAAUCUCACACUUACUACAGUGAUGCUAAAAGUCAAAAGAAUGCACAAAGAGUAGUUCGAGGAAGAGGCUCUAGACGCUACCAACCACGAUGGAGGAGUACCACUGAGCUAUCUUCAGUGCAAAACAAUAAGUCUCAGAAUGAAAACACACCAUCAAAUGCAAACUUGGGAAAACACCAACCUCAAACUUCAAAUUCUCGACCUGAACAAGUUCUUCCAGUUAAGCAAACCAUUGCAUCAAACUUGAAUUCGGCUUCACCACCCUUUUACCCUUCUAGGUUGUCCCAUCAGGAACUCCCAGUUAGUCAGGUAGGGAAUGGGCAACCUAGUAGUACUGGUAGACCCUUCUCAUCCUCCAUAGGCAUGGAGAAUGUUUCUCCGACCUCACAAUAUGGCAACCUAUUGAGAGGAAAGGCCUUUGUACCGUCAGUUGGGCAUUUUGAAGCAACUAUGAAGAGAAUGAAUAGUCCUGCAUUGCAUUCAUCUGCAUCAUCACCGAAUGGUCCAUUUCCUGUAGCAGCUAAUCAAGUCACUAGAGAUUAUGUUCGUCCCUCACAUCCAAUUGUUCAACCAAGUCCAGUUCAAUCGUCUACACAAUCUGCACCAAGGAUGCCUGCCCUGAUGUUUGGUGCACAAUUCGGUGGUAGCGAUAAAAUGCCAUCUUCCGUACAACCAGCAUCACCAAUUUUGAAUGAAGACACAGAAAUUUCUUCUCCUAGUGGAUCAGACAAACUUAAUACUCAAUUCAAAGUCAAGGGACAACCUGGUGACCUGGGAGAAGAGCAUGCUUCUUUUCUCUACGGUGGAGCUCAUAUUCUUGGGGCUACAGCUGCAAUGGGCCUUACACUUGGUGACCAAGGUUUCCAUGGCACCCCGGCACUGUUGCCAGUUAUGCAGUUUGGAGGCCAGCGUCUAGGUGGACCCGGUGUUCCUUCGAUUGGUAUGGCUCUACCAGGAUUUGUGUCUCAACAACAACUUGGUCUCAGCAAUUCUGAGAUGACUUGGUUGCCAAUGUUGACUGGUGCCUCUGGAGCUUUAGGAGCACCUUAUGGUUCACCUCAUAUAGCUGUGGAUGGGAGCUAUUACUCCCGACCAUCUGAACAGGCAUCUUCAUCAAUUUCUCUUAGAGAACCUAGUGGAAGUAAUGCCUCUUCUCCGUUGAAGUCCCAAGAAAUGACAGAGUUUGUAAGCGAUGAACUCAGUCAACGCCAAUAUAAACCACGUCGGUACUCAGAGAUGAACUUUGGCCAAUGAGCAUAGUGAUGAUGUAGUUAUUGGGGACUCAUUUGUCAGCUUUGGGUCUGAGUCAGACUUGUGCAAUACCUACUAUCUUAAAGCCUUCCUGAGUCCUAGCAACAUUUCACUGUCUGAUGUCUAGCACUUUGGGCUAACUUGUAAACCAACAAACGCCAGGUUUGACAGCUGAAGGUGUUCAAAUCCUCACUAUGUUCAGUUGCUGUGAUUAUUCUGAUGGGCUGGUGGUGCUACAUUAUUUGGUAAGGUUGUCGACAUUUCAAGUGUUUGAAUCCUUAGUACUUGCUAUUCAGUGAACGUUCUGACUCUGGUGUCUUACAUUGUUUGGUGAGGUUUACAUGAUACUCUAUGUUACCAUGUUAUCGAGCGUCACAUCGCGUGUACAGCCAUAAGCGUGAAGGUUGUGAUGAAAAUUACGAGGGGUCUGCAUUCUGUAAAGCUCGUGUCCCAUGGUAAAUUAGUUGGUGUACUGGGUGUGUGUUUGCUUCUGUGCCUGUCUUCGUAGUGUUCAGCUGACUUGCCCACUCUAUGUUCAUGAACAUGUACACUUCUCGCUAUCUGAUCCACUCUGUUCAAGAUAAUAUUAUAUUCCGAGUUAUGGUGGUGAGUCAUUAUUGGGAUGUUAUUGCCCAGAUUAUCAA